AGAGAGGGGAACGGGAGAGAGACAGUCAGACACUGUCAGUCAUAGAGUGUAUGACCAAGAAAGAGGACAGGGAGAUAUAGACAGCAGAGAGGAGAGAGGAGUGCAGACCCAGCAGGUUAUGAAGAGGACUAGUAGGAUUACAUUGUCAGAGCAGACCUAGAUUAGCUGAGCUAGCUGACCUGGUGGAAUACAGCACCGAAGGCAACCAUCUUCACUUGGGCCAACUUGGGCCAAUAUCUGGAGGACCAGAUCAGUUUGGGAGUACAGUAGCUGGCUGGCUGAGGAGGCCAUUUUAGCGACCGACUUCACUUCAUCCAAACUUUCCAGGUAGAGUCAAGAUGGGGGACAGUGGUGGUGAACCGAACCUGCAGUCCUACAUUAUGGACGAGGAAACUCUGAAGAGAAAGCAGAAGGAGAAGCUAAAGAAGCUCCUGGCCACUGGAGGAAACCCUCGGCCCGCACGCUCUCUCUUCUUCCUCACGCUGAAGAACCCUUUCCGCAAGGCUGCCAUUAACAUCGUGGAAUGGAAACCGUUCGAGAUCAUUAUCCUGCUGACCAUCUUUGCCAACUGUGUGGCCCUGGCUGUGUUCCUGCCCAUGCCUGAGGAGGACAGCAACAACACCAACAGUAACCUGGAAAGUCUGGAGUACAUCUUCCUCAUCGUCUUCUCCAUAGAGUGCUUUCUAAAGAUAGUAGCCUAUGGAUUUCUAUUUCACGAGAAUGCAUAUCUACGGAACUGUUGGAACAUACUGGACUUUGUCUGUGUGUCUGUUGGGCUGUUCGCAGUCAUCGGUGACUCCAUCACCUAUAUCAGUGGUGUGGAGGCUCAACCAGGGGAGAAGGGAGGAGGCUUCGAUAUGAAGGCCCUCAGGGCGUUCAGGGUGCUCCGGCCCCUCAGGCUGGUCUCUGGAGUCCCCAGCCUGCAGGUGGUGAUGAAUUCCAUCCUGAAGUCCAUGUUACCUCUGUUCCACAUCUCCCUGCUGGUAUUCUUCAUGGUCACUAUCUAUGCCAUCGUGGGACUGGAGCUCUUCAAGUGCAAGAUGCACAAAACCUGCUACUACACAGGCACAAAUAUCAUAGCCACGGUGGAGAAUGAGAAGCCAUCUCCUUGUGCCCAAGCCGGGAACGGGCGGCGCUGCACCAUCAACGGGACAGACUGUAGGGCAGGUUGGGCCGGACCCAACAACGGCAUCACACACUUUGACAACCUGGGCUUCGCUAUGCUCACUGUCUACCAGUGCAUCACUACCCAGGGCUGGACCGAUGUGUUAUACUGGGUGAAUGAUGCUAUUGGUAUGGAGUGGCCAUGGAUGUAUUUUCUGACUCUCAUCUUGGUUGGCUCCUUCUUUGUGCUCAACCUGGUCCUGGGCGUGCUCAGUGGUGAAUUCACUAAGGAGCGAGAAAAGGGCAAGGCGCGCGGAGAGUACACAGAGAUGAGGGAGACCCAGCAGCUGGAUGAGGAUGUGAAGGGCUACAUGGAGUGGAUCACACAGGCCGAAGUCAUGGACGCCGACGGGGAGGGACAGGGCCUGCUACCCCUGGAAGAUGGAGAAUCUGAGGCAGGGAGUCUAAAGGACAUGGACACCAUGCAAAAAAUUAUGUACUACUACAAGCUGGCUCGUAAAUGGAACGUUUUCUUCCGGCGUAAGUGUCUUGUGUAUGUGAAGUCCCGUAUGUUCUACUGGUGGGUGAUCCUUCUGGUGUUUCUGAACACGCUGGCCAUCGCUACUGAACACCACAAGCAGUCCCAGCAACUCACUGAGUGGCAAGACACUGCCAACAAGAUUCUGCUGUCUCUGUUUGCCAUUGAGAUGUUUAUAAAGCUGUAUGCUCUGGGCCUCCAGCAAUACUUCAUGUCUCUGUUCAACCGCUUCGACUGCUUCGUGGUCUCCACCGGCAUUCUGGAACUCGUCCUGGUCCGCAUGGACGUCAUGACCGUCACGGGCAUCUCCGUGCUGCGCUGCAUACGACUGCUAAGGCUGCUCAAAGUCACCAAGUACUGGACAUCUCUCAGUAACCUGGUGGUAUCCCUGCUGAACUCCACAAAGUCCAUUGCCUGCCUGCUCCUCCUCCUCUUCCUCUUCAUCGUCAUCUUCUCUCUGCUGGGCAUGCAGGUGUUCGGGGGAAAAUUCAACUUCCCCAACCAGCUCAAACCCCGCAGCACCUUCGACAGCUUCCCCCAGGCCCUCAUCAGUGUCUUCCAGAUCCUGACGGGGGAGGACUGGAACGCUGUGAUGUAUGAUGGCAUCAUGGCGCAUGGCGGUCCCACAAUGCCCGGGAUCCUCGUCAGCAUCUACUUCAUCAUCCUCUUUGUCUGCGGAAACUACAUCCUGCUGAAUGUGUUCCUGGCCAUCGCCGUGGACAACCUGGCGGAGGCCGAGAGUCUGACCAUGGCCCAGAAGGAGAAGUCUGAGGAGAAGAAACGCAAGAAGCUGCUCAGGGCUAACAUGCCUGACAAGGCAACAGAGGAGAAGGCACUCCUGGCCAAGAAGUUGGCAGCAGAGAGGGCUAAAAUAGAGGGCAUCCCUACUACAGCCAAGCUGAAAGUAGACGAGUUUGAGUCCAACGUGAAUGAGAUCAAGGACCCCUUCCCCCCUGCUGACUUCCCUGGCGAUGAUGAGGAGGAAGAGCCUGAUAUCCCUGACACCCCGAGGCCCCGACCAAUGGCAGACCUGCAGCUGAAGGAGGAGGUGGUACCGAUUCCAGAGGCCAGCUCCUUCUACAUCUUCAGCCCUGAGAACAAGUUCCGUAAGCUGUGCCAUCGCAUCAUCAACGCCACCACCUUCACCAACACCAUCCUACUCUUCAUCCUCCUCAGCAGCAUCUCCCUAGCCGCCGAGGACCCCAUCGACCCCAUGUCCUUCAGGAACCAGGUGCUGGCCUCCGCUGACGUGGUCUUCACGUCAGUAUUCACCGUGGAAGUUGUCCUCAAGAUGACCGUAUAUGGAGCCAUAAUGCACCCUGGCUCCUUCUGCCGGAACUCCUUUAAUAUUCUGGAUCUGAUAGUUGUCACCGUAUCCCUCCUCUCCAUGCUCAUGGAGUCCAGUGCUAUCUCUGUGGUGAAGAUCCUCAGGGUGUUAAGGGUGCUGAGGCCCCUAAGGGCCAUCAACAGGGCUGAGGGCCUCAAGCAUGUGGUCCAGUGUGUUUUUGUGGCCAUCAAAACCAUUGGCAACAUCGUUCUGGUCACCAUGCUGUUAGACUUCAUGUUCGCCUGCAUUGGAGUCCAGCUCUUCAAGGGACAAUUCUACUCCUGCACAGAUCCUGACAAAAUGACAGAGGAGGAGUGUAGGGGUAACUAUAUUAGGUACCAGGAAGGUGCAAUCCAUCCAAUGACGAUCCAUAAGAGAGAGUGGAUCAACUCAGAGCUCAACUUUGACAACAUCCUUGAGGGCAUGUUGGCUCUCUUCACUGUCUCCACCUUUGAGGGCUGGCCAAAACUGCUGUACAAGGCCAUAGACUCUAACAUGGAGGAUGUUGGUCCCAUCUUCAACAACCGCGUUGCCAUCUCCAUCUUCUUCAUCAUCUACCUCAUCCUCAUCGCUUUCUUCAUGAUGAACAUCUUCGUCGGCUUUGUCAUCGUUACAUUUCAGGAGCAAGGAGAGCAGGAGUACAAGAACUGUGAGCUGGACAAGAACCAGCGGGCGUGUGUUGAGUACGCCCUGAAAGCCCGGCCACUGCGCUGCUACAUUCCUAAGAACCAGUAUCAGUACAACGUGUGGUACAUCGUCACCUCCUGCUACUUUGAGUACCUGAUGUUCCUGCUCAUCAUGCUGAACACCAUGUGUCUGGGGAUGCAGCACUGUAACCAGUCAACCCAUGUGACCGACCUGUCUGACAUGCUGAACGUGAUCUUCACUGUGCUCUUCACUGUGGAAAUGGUCCUCAAACUCAUGGCCUACAAAGCUAAGGGUUACUUUGGGGACCCAUGGAACGUCUUUGACUUUGUCAUCGUCAUCGGCAGCGUUGUUGACGUCAUCCUGAGUGAGGUCGAUGCAGCCCUGGCCUCCUCUGGAGGACUGUACUGUCUACACGGCUGCGCUGAGGUGAACCCAAUGCAAGCCAUAGCGGCUUCGGAAAAUGCCCGUGUGUCAAUCACCUUCUUCAGACUGUUCCGUGUGAUGCGUCUGGUUAAACUGCUGAACCGUUCUGAGGGGAUCCGGAAUCUUCUGUGGACCUUCAUCAAGUCCUUCCAGGCUCUGCCCUACGUCGCCCUGCUCAUCCUCAUGCUAUUCUUCAUCUACGCUGUUGUUGGGAUGCAGAUAUUUGGUAAGAUAGCGCUGAUAGAUGGCACACACAUCAACAGGAACAACAACUUCCAGACAUUCCCCCAUGCUGUGCUGCUGCUCUUCAGGUGUGCGACAGGUGAGGCGUGGCAGGAAGUGAUGUUGGCGUGUCUGUAUGGGAAGAGGUGUGACCCUAAGUCAGACUACCUGCCUGGAGAGGAGAUGACCUGUGGAGCCAGCUUCGCCAUCAUCUACUUCAUGAGCUUCUACAUGCUCUGUGCCUUCCUGAUCAUCAACCUGUUUGUGGCGGUCAUCAUGGACAACUUUGACUACCUGACCCGUGAUUGGUCCAUCCUGGGUCCUCAUCACCUGGAUGAGUUUAAGAAGAUCUGGGCAGAGUACGACCCAGAGGCCAUGGGGCGUAUUAAGCACCUGGACGUGGUGACUCUGCUGCGUAGGAUCCAGCCUCCUCUGGGCUUUGGAAAGUUCUGUCCCCAUAGAGUGGCCUGCAAGAGACUGGUGUCCAUGAACAUGCCACUCAACAGUGAUGGAACGGUCACCUUUAAUGCUACACUGUUCUCACUGGUCAGGACCGCAUUGAAGAUUAAGACUGAAGGUAACUUCGAGCAGGCCAAUGAGGAGUUAAGGGCCAUCAUCAAGAAGAUCUGGAAACGCACCAGUAUGAAGCUGCUGGACCAGGUCAUCCCACCAAUCGGAGAUGAUGAGGUGACCGUGGGGAAGUUCUAUGCCACCUUCCUGAUCCAGGACUACUUCAGGAAGUUGAAGAAGAGACAGGAAGAGUACUAUGGCUUCCGCCCCACCAAGAAGAACGCCUCCAACGAGAUACAGGCGGGUCUGAGGAGCAUUGAGGAGGAGGUGGCUCCAGAGUUGCAGAGAGCCAUCUCGGGAGACCUGAUGAACGAGGAGGAGAUGGACAGAGCCAUGGAGGAUGCAGCGGAGGAAGGCAUCUUCAGGCGGGCGGGCGGUCUGUUUGGGAACCAUGUUGAUUCCUUCACCAUGGAGGAAGGAACCCAUAACUCUAACGCUACACAGGUGACCAGCCAGCGGCCCCUGCAAAUGAGCAAGUCAGACGAGGGGGAGGUGACCAGCUCACCUGCCUACCAUGCAAACGAGGACUUCUUCCCCACAAUGCCUAACAAAACCAACAACAACAAUGUCAACAGCAAUGCCGGGGAGAGUUUUCCCUAUGAGACAGAUGACAGGGUGCAGGUCUAUACCAUCUCAACCAGCAGAAGUCCCCGAGACACCACAGACUGGCAGCUGCAGACAGUACCUGGACCCAGCCAGGACCGUGAGACUCCCAGAGAUACCCCUAGCCCCCAGCAGGCCCAGACCCCAGACAGCACCUUCGACACACUCAUACAGGAGGUCCUGAUAAAUGGGGGGUUGGAGAGCUUGGCCAGGGACUCUCGUUUUGUGUCGGUGACGAAACAGGAAAUGGCCGAAGCUUUGAACUUUGACCCGGUGGACAUGGAGAGUUCCGCCACUGACCUUAUGAAUGGUCGCAGAGGGAGGGUCGCCACACCUCCAAUCAGGCCCCCUCGCAGAUCACAGAGAAAGGCCAACAAAUUAACAAAACCCACCGAUCGUGUUUAGGCCAAUAGGCCUGUCCUGCAAUGCAGCAUGUCAUGGAUCGUGUUUAGGCCAAUAGGCCUGUCCUGCAAUGCAGCAUGUCAUCGAUCUUGUUUAGGCCAAUAGGCCUGUCCUGCAAUGCAGCAUGUCAUGGAGUGACUUCACGUGCUGAGGCAUUAAAUGUCACAUUCUACAAAUAGAACAGUCCUUUUUGGGUGCCUUUAUAGCGAGUAAUAUCACCUGAUUGGUUAAGCAGGCUUUAUGGCACCUGUGACUUCAUUGUUGUAGUGUCAUUCAGACUGGAUGAUCUCUCUAUUGGUUCAUUUAAAGAGGAAAUACUCUUCCUGCUAGAGAGCAGACUGUCUUUACCAUGUUUCUUUUGUUCACAGUACAGACUACUGUUCAGACUUGAUUUCAGGCGAACAGCACGUUGUCUCGACUAACAUGUUCUUGAGUCUCAACUCGAGGAAUUUUUGCUGGCAUUAAAGGUUGGCCCUGUUUGAAAACUAGUGUCCUUCUCUGUUCCCUCUCAUCCUUGAAGUAUUCACUGAUCCACCGAUAGCUGGGUAGGUGUUGAACAUGGUUGUGUCAGUGACUGGCUGACAGAGGAAGGGAAGGGUGUGUUUUCUAAGUAUUCUUGGAGGGUCAGGAUGUUACUUUUCAGGGGCAUUCUUUGAGUUCUGUCAUGAUGACAAGGCAAGACAUGGCUGGACCAGGAUGUUUCUGGGUUGGCUCAUGUCUACACUGUCCAUAUAAGGACAAUCUCUGUAGGCUAUAUGGAGAAAGCUAACGUGCAUGUUCAAGAUACACAGAUUCUGCCCAGGUCUCCACACAUCAACAUAUCUUCACAAUACAUAGAUAUUUCUUUGGCUUUAAAUAUCCCAUAUCUGAAACAUGUACACCAUCUCUAGUAUACAGGAUGAAUGCCCCUGUAGUGUAACAUGAGAGAAAAGAUUUCUGGUGUAGUGUAGCCACUAGCUGGCCAUGCUACAGUAGAAUGCAACAAAGUGUAGAUAAGAGGAUGUGGUUAAAGAUGAAGAUGAAUGGUAAGUUUAGGUACAGUGGUUGGAAUCGUAUAUUUGUGAUUAGAAAGCAGUGUGUAAGGGUCAGAUAUGGACAAAUUAUGGUCUAGAAUACCAGGGGUGAAAGGUCAUCUCUGAUGAUGCCAUUUUGUCUAUUAUUCUAUUUUCAAAAAUAUCGUUCAUUUUCUUUUUAAGUCUUUUGGUUGAAACCUACAGCAUCUUCUUGUGAAAAUGUCCUUUUUGAUUAUUCAUCAUUUGUUUAGUCUAAAAGAGAUUAGGUUGUAUUUUGAGAGACAGUGGCAUGUCACUGUUAUUUGGUUUAAUAAAGGCUAAAUAAAAUAGCUGUAAUGUGAUGAAGGCCAAAUAGAAGGCAAAGUAAAAAGGUGAAUCCCAAAAGGUUUUGAAUGAUAAAAUCAGUUGUUCCCAUUGAGCUUUUAAACAGAGGUGUUUUGCAUUCAUCUAGAGUAUGUACUACUGCCAUUAACUUUUUAUCAGACAUUUUGUCAUGGUCAUUUUGAUAACGUUAUUUGAGACAUUUUAUUGCUUUCUCUCUGUUUCUGAGAUCUGUUUCAAUAUUGUUCUCUAAAGUCUAAACUAUAUCAUGCCAAUAAAAAAUAUUUUAUAAAGUGAGAAUA